CAGACAGGAGCUCUGCGCACAAAAUGACUGCCAUAGAAGCUCUGUACAUCUUUGAUGAGCACAACACACCCCUCCUCGAACACGUUUACACCGGUCGUCCUUCUCCUGGCAGUACUGUUCUUCCCCUCUAUCUCUCGCACCCUUCUCCGCGGCCCUCCCUGAUAUAUCUCCCAAAUACGAAUCCUCCGACGCUCUUGUAUUCGAUCAUACAAGACCAGCUUUUGUUCCUUGCGCCAUGCUCGACCGACGGGGAGCCACUAGAGGUGUUAGAGUUUCUACACCGCGUCGCUGACGUGCUUGAGGACUACCUCGGGUCGCCGCUCCUGGCGAGCAAGAUAGAGAGCAACUACGAUGUAGUGGCGCAGCUGCUGAGUGAGAUGGUGGAUGGGGGGAUUAUAUCUUGUACAGAGCCGAAUGCAUUGCGGGAUUUGGUUGAAGCCCCGACGUUCAUGAAGAGCCUGCUGGGAGGUGUGGGACUCCCAAGCACGACACCCUCUUCUCUCGCACCCUCAGCAACACCGUUUUCCUUGUCCUCCCGCCCUCCAAUCUCCGGUCGAACCUCCCCCGGCGGAACUCAAACCAGCUCCCCAGUGCCGUGGCGGCGUGCCAACGUCCGACACACUUCCAACGAACUCUACGUAGACAUUGUCGAAACCCUCAGCGUCAUAAUCGCCCCGUCUGGCCGUCCCCUCUCCGCAAUUGCAAACGGAACGAUAGCAUUCACAUCCAAGGUCUCCGGAGUACCGGACCUCUACCUUCAGCUAGGCUGUCCAGGCGGAAUAGCGCAUACCAUGGCGCUGCCAGCGUUUCAUCCCUGCGUCCGACUGAAUAAAUGGCGAGAUCGUCCGGGGGACUUGUCAUUCGUGCCUCCAGACGGGCGAUUCGUACUCGCGGGCUACGAAGUUGACCUCCUUGGACCUGCUGCCCUCGAAGCCUUCUCCACCUCUACGAAACGUGGAGCCGCGCCGAAACUCAACAUCCCCGCCACUGUCUCUAUCCUCACGUCUCUCGGCCCCACGGGCGCAGACUUCGAAGUUCGCCUCACACUAAACCCACGGUACGCGGGCAAGCCUCCCAGUCCCUUACCCAGCGCAACCGGAUCUUCAUUCAACCGCGGGGCCGGACUUGGAAAAGGGCUAGGUGCACCCGGCUUCGGCGCGAGCGUUCAGGGGACAACAGCGGCGCCUACGAUUGAAGAAGUUGUCGUACAUAUUCCUCUUCCCGCAUCGGUGAAGAACGUCGUUGAGCUGCGGAUUAGCAAGGGGGCGGGGGAUGCGGGAUAUGCCCCCGGAGACCGCAGUAUCGAGUGGAGGAUAAGUAGUAGGGAGGUUGGGAUGCUGAUGGCGCAGGAUCGCGGCACAGGCGUUGGGUGCACGGCGACGUUAUGCGGGACCGUAGUGGGUAUGGGUGAGGAUGAGGGCCCACUGGAUGGCGGGCCUGUGGGUACGUCCAAUACGUACGACUAUGACGAGGAGGGCCAUACGACCUCGUAUCAAGGGCUUGAUGAUGACGACGCGGUGGCUGACCAGAAGAAGAACGGGACUAAUUCGGACGCGAAGAGGAUCAAGACGAAUAAGGUGCUCAUGCCGUCGUGUGCGACGGUCAGCUUCUCAGUGAAGGGGUGGCUGCCGAGUGGGAUCAAGGUGGAGAGUUUACAGGUGGAUACCAAGAGGAGUAAAGGGUUGGGGGCCGGGGUCAUGCCGUAUAAGGGGGUGAAGUAUAUCUGUGUCAGUAAGAAGGGGGUGGAGAGUCGGGCGUGAGGCAGAGGUUGUUGGCGAAGGAUAUACAAGAGUUCGCCGCAUAUAGAGCUUCACAGCCGGAGUUAAGGCAUUUAUAAUUUCCCAUCUUCCGACAUUAUACCUGUUCACCGGCAUGUGCGCCCUCGAGGAGCUACUUGAAUGCAUAGAAUGCACAAAGGCGUAGGAAAGUCCUCAGCAAUGUCGGCCAUCAAUUGAUGAGGCAGCCAUUACUACUCCACUCUUUACAAUGUACGUUGCAUUGUACGGUACCUAG